UUUGAGAGCGUUUUAGAAAUGAAAAUCCAAAACCCCUAGUACUUCGUCUCCUCUUCGUCGUCCAAGCACCCAAUCAUGCGAGGGAGCGAUGCAUCACCGCUCAAAAAUCUCGAACCCCUACCCAACCGUUUCUCUACCAUCCCAGCCGGAAUCUCUCGUCGCAAAAUCACAUCUUCUGAAAGCGAAACUAUCACUCUCGGUCUUGUGAACGCAGAGAACGAUCUCAAAGCAUAUAAUGUGGAAAUCAAUAGGCUGAAGGCAAAUAUAAUGGUGGUAGAGUCGAGAAGAGAUGGCUUGACGAAGAGCGUGGCUAAAUAUCGGUCACUGUUGUCGCCCAUCCACCGAGUACCAGAGGAGAUCUUGGCAUACAUUUUCUCGUUCUGCUGCGAUGAGAAUACACUCAACCCUGGAUAUUCACCACCCUUUGCUCUAACCGCAUCCGCUGUGUGCGGUCGCUGGCGAGACGUUGUUUUGGAAACCCCUCAUCUUUGGUCGACAAUCUCUAUUCAUUUUGAAUCAAUUUUUCCACGGGAGGAGGGGGUGGAGGACGAAGAUUACACUUGGGGUAGCCACCAAUUCACUCAUGUAAUCAGGAUUUUCAUGGAACGCUCGAAAACAGCACCAUUGGAUUUGGAAUUUUACCAGUAUGGCGAGGAAAAAUUUGAGCUCCUUGAAGCUGGCCUAACCUGUCUUAUGGACCAUUCCAAUCGCUGGCGCAGUUUGAAAAUGAGCGCUCCCGAUCAUCCCCUUCUCACUAUGCCUUCAGCCUUUCAGCGGCUUCGAGGUCAUCUUUCGAAUUUACAACAUUUUCUGGUGGAUCAUUCAUGGUCGAGCAACGAAAUGAUCUCCAUCGCUUCAGACCUGGACCUCUUGAGCGAAUGUCCCUUGUUGACUUCGAUCGAGCUGCGGAUUCGAGCUGAUGUUUUGCGGCUCAACCCCCGCUUCCCAUGGUCCCGGAUCCAAUCUCUAAAGCUCGUCGGCAAUAGUCUCUCCCAAGUAGGACAGACACUGGCCUCCUGCAACAACCUCCAACAACUAGAGUUGUCGGGCUUUUCUUCGAGCACCCAGUUAUCGGUAGCUGGCCCCAUUACCACUCUUGGCCAACUACGAUACUUGUCUUUUGAACGUGUACGGGACGAUGAAUUUUACCACUUCUUCCAGUCGUAUAACCUCCCGUCCUUGUCACACCUCAAGAUCCGUGAUGGAUGCUUGGAUCUGUCUUCUCUGGAAGAUUUCUUCGUUCGUUCAUCUUGUUCCAUCACAUCACUUACCUUGGAACUCGUGUCUUCCUCUGAUGUGGAUACACUCCAUCUUCUCAGACUCGUACCCAAUCUCACCACUUUCUCCUUCGAAGAGCAAGGCAUAGCGGAGAUGUCGGACUCGGGACUUGGACUCAAGAACAAGAUCGUCACGACCACAUUUCUGGAACAGCUCGCCAUGGAUACAGGCGACGAAUCUACUCGAUAUCUUCCCCAACUGGAAGACCUUACUCUCUCAAUCUGGCCACUCGAAAUUUCCGGCCGCCGGGCACUUCAGCACAUGCUCGCAUCGAGGUCCACUGGACGACUGCGAAAAUUCACUCUCACUGUUAGGGGAUCGAAAGUAUCGGCCUAUGAGUCACUGCAAUGUUUUAGAGAUGUGGGAAUGCAAAUCCAACUUUCAGUGCUGCCAUGACAAGGCGUGAUGAUUUUCGGUGUUUUGGUUCUUCUGCGGAGUCGAUCGGUAGGUCCUUCGUCUUGGAGCAUCUUUUGCGAGGGGGAGUUUGUGGUUUGACAAUGGAUGCACAGUAUCUUUAUGUGUCUACGUCUUUCUCACAUCUACUACGAUCUAGGUGUCGCCCUUGCACUAUACUUUCCGUACAUCUCUUAUUUUUCCUUCCAUCAUCUGCGUAUUAGAUGGUAAUCUGUCUUUUCUCUCGGUCCGGGUGGUGUAUUUAUUCAUCUAUCUAUAUCUACGCUGAAUUUAAUGUAUCUAACGGUGACGGUAAAAAAGCACGAUUAAGGUACUUUAGUGAUUUAGGUAUGCACGUUUGGAAUCAAUCUAACGGUCCGUGUUGAGACCAUGACCGGGC